GCACAUUUGCCAUUAACGCUACUGUUUCCUCAAGUCAUUGCUCGAUAUUUAGUGUUUUCCAUCGACUAAAAAAAUGACCACAGCCGGGAGACCAACAUGGGAUACUGCUAAAGGUAGUAGGGGAAAGUGGGAAGGUGAUUUAAGUGCUUUGUCUAAGCAGUACUCUGUUCGUGACUUACCGGCACAUACGAAAUUGAAAGUGCGUCAAGAAGGACAAGGAAGACCUGAAGAUAUUCAAGGAAAAGAUUUCAAACGUGCUUUGGAAGAAAAAGAGAAACGAUUAGCUCAAGAGAAAUCGGGGAGGCCCUCAAUAAAUUCCACUAGUCAACAACCAGCAAUUACCAGUGCCAAACGACCAAGUUCUGCUGCUGUCGCGCCAACUAUUGAUAGUAGUACUAUAGGUAGUAUAAAACGUACACGACCUGAAACAACCGCUGCUGUAUCAACAACUAAUUUAGAUGCUGAUGAUCCUUGGGAUGAGGACUAUGAUGAAGAUCAAGAAGAUGUAAUUAUCACUAAGAAAUCGAAUCAUAAUAAAAGUAAGAAUUCGACUGGAGAUAAAUUUGACGAUGAUAAUCAAAACGAGGAUGAUGACGAUGAAGAUGCUGACAAUGAUGACGUCGACGACGAUGAUGAAGAAGAUGAGGAAAUGCUCUUAGCUGAGUUGGCUAAAAUUAAACGUGAACGAGCUGAAGAAGCAGCCCGUUUGGCUGCUGAAAGGAAAGCAGCUGAAGAAACUAUUCGUAUGGAAAAUAUCUUGAAAGGAAAUCCGCUUUUAAAUUCAUCUAAUUCUUCAGAAUUUAAAGUCAAACGAAGAUGGGAUGAUGAUGUUGUAUUUAAAAAUUGUGCUCGAGGUGAGGUCGAUCAUGUAAAACGUGGAUUCGUAAAUGAUACACUACGAUCUGAAUUUCAUAAAAAAUUUAUGAAAAAAUAUAUCCAAUAAUGCACAUGUACAUUGUCUUUCCUCAAUAAUACUUUAUUUCCUGUAAAUAAAUAAUUGUUUUAAACAAUCUUAUGUUAACUUAUUUCUAUCCAAAAGUGUCUCCAUAUGUAGUGUGUUAAAAC